CUCCACCUUUGGCGGCGGCGGCGCUUUCUAGUCUCCUCCACGACUAACUCAAACUGAAAGAAACAGAAGAGAAAAAAAAAGAAAAGGAAAACUAUAAACCUCCGUUUAAAUCCAGAAAGAAAAUGUCCAUAACCACUUUCUCACCAGCCGUCCCUCGAAACCUUCCUCACCUCUGUUCCCAUGCAUCCUUCCGCACCUUACCAUUUCCCUCCUCCCCUCCGCCCAUGAACCUCCUUCGACUCAAACCCCAUCCCUCCAUCUUCCACCUCCUCCGCCACCGCCGCCGACCUCUUUCCCUUUCCGCCGCAGCUGUCCGGCAGGACACCACUACCUACACAUCCGCCCCCCUCGUCGACGUUUCUCCUGCUGCCGAAUCUCUCUUCCACGUCACCGUUGACGUCGCUGAUUCCCCUGAUCUUGCGGCUUCUUAUACCAUCGCUGGUCAGUAUCUUCAGCUCCGAGUUCCAGAUUCUGAUAAGCCGUCUUUUCUGGCCAUAGCAUCUCCGCCGUCCCUUGCCGCGACUAAAGGCGUUUUUGAAUUCCUCGUGAAAACCGUCCCCGGUUCCACCGCGGAGCUUCUCUGCGGGCUGCAAAAAGGUGAUGUGGUGGAAUUGACUCAGGCCAUGGGUAAAGGAUUCCAAAUCGAUCAAAUUUCCCCGCCGGAAAACUAUCAGUCGGUACUUAUAUUCGCAACCGGAGCUGGAAUUAGUCCUAUCCGUUCGUUGAUUGAAUCCGGAUUUGGUGCAGAUAAGAGAUCUGACGUUAGACUCUAUUAUGGUGCUAGAAAUCUUACAAGGAUGGCUUAUCAGGUUUACUUUGUUACUUAUCAGCAUCAUUCUUUCUGUAAAAUCCUCUACUGUCUCCUUUGAAAACAAGCUGAACUAUGGAAAAAAGCGAGUGUUCGCUGUUCAAAUUGUCUCAAUCAAACGGUUACUUGUCUCCUACAGGAUAGGUUCAAAGAGUGGGCAUCUUCUGGAGUUGAAAUAGUGCCAGUUUUGUCUCAACCCGACCAGAAUUGGACUGGAGAACAGGGAUAUGUUCAGGUAGAAAAAUAUAUAACCGAUAAUUAUGUACUAUGUCUGGUUUUGAUGAUAGAGUUUUAUCUGUGUAAUUCAUUAGUAAAGCAUAGCUUUUGGAGGAUAUUUGGUGUGUCUUAAUUAAGUGGCCAUCGCAGGCUGCAUUUGCUCGAGCAAAGAGAAUAUUGAGUCCUCAGUCUACUGGGGCAGUGCUUUGUGGGCAAAAAGCAAUGGCGGAGGUAAAGUUUUGUUGUUUCGAUUUGCAAAUAUCGCUAGGGAUCUUUUUUUGCAUAACAUCUCUGUCUAUAUGCUUAUUUAUUUCAUAUCUGAAGAGUGCAUGCUUGGCUAUCUAUCUGAGAUUUGUUCUGAUCUUUGCAACUUUGAGUUUUAAGAAUAUCUAUAAAUAUGCCUGCUGAAAGUUAUGACCCGUGAUUUUUCUAUAUAUAUAUCUGGAAAAUAAAUUAGUGAUAGAAAAAGUUGUCUUUUGGAAACAGUUUCCUAGAUUAGCUAUGUUUUUUAUUAUCUCUCAUUCUGUUGUGGAGAUAUCCUGUCUUUGGUGCAGGAUUGUAGACUUGAGAAUAUGUGAACUAUGUAAAUGAGUAGAUCUCUUUUGAGUGUAAUGAAGUUGCUGAUUGUUUCUUCCUCAAUAAGCUAGAUGAAGAUGAUUUCAGAUUUAUGCAUGGGGAAGAUCUUCCUGUACUGCUUUUCUGAACGAACAUGUGUGGAAAAGUUUUGGGUGGCAAGCAUUUUAAAAAUUCCAUAGACAGAAAAAGUCUAAAAGCUUCAGUGGCAAUAGACUUCUUUAAGCAGAUGAAUGCAUUUCCUUGAUUCGGAAACUGAUUAUCAUGCUUCUGGCAGGAUGUUACCUCCCUCCUGGUUUCUGAAGGAGUAUCAACCGAGAAGAUUUUGAAGAACUUCUGAUUACAAAAGUUCGGGAGAUGGAUUUGUUGUAUUACGUUAACUAGUUGUCAGGACCAUUCAUUCAUUUUAUUUUACUGACUGGUGAGAUCCAAAAAUUUGAUUUCUGAUCAUAAAUAAUCCUCUGUCUGUUGGAUAUUUGCCUUGGAGCCUUCAGAGCUGGGUGCAUCUGCUAUCGCUGGAGGUAAAUGUAGCACGUAUAAUUAGAAAGAGAGCUCUUAUUGGAGAGGUAGAAGAGAGCUGAAGUAAAUGAGUCAUCGUUAAGUUAUACACACGGAAAUUUUGUAUUCAUUAUUCACUGUGCAGUUUGCACAAGUUAUGUGGCACUUUACCCAUAUAUUGUAGUGUUAAUGUAACAUUCAGACAGUAAGAUGUGCCUUGUCCAUUUGGGCACUUUUGUCACCAACCCUAUUGAAAGUGCAUCAAUAGUCGAUCAAUUACUGAUUAAAAGCUACAGGAGUAGGAUUCUCUCUUUACCAUUGGAAAAUGCCUUUGAUUUAGAAACUAACUGUAGAUCGAGGAUGUGCACUUAUUGCUCUUCUUAUCUUUGUUCAAUAUACAAGAUAUAUCAGGUGCUGAAACUCUUUUAGUAUUGAACUAAAAACUCAUUUGAGUCCUUAAUUUGUUCCUCAACAAUCAAAAUGUUGAAGAUAGCCUUUAAAUAUCAACUCUCGGCUGAUUUUCAGUUCCAAGAAUUUGAAACGUUUCCUCAGCUACAUUGACACUGAUUGAUCAAUGAAAUGUUUUUAAAUAAUUUAUUGAGCAAGAGUAGGUGAAACAAAUUCACAGACAGGACAGUCUUGCAAAACACCAAAUUGGAGGUAUUAUUGACGCCAAGAGACUAAACGUCAAUCAAUUAUCAGAGCGCAAUAAAAUCAACAAUUACGGUUCAAUUCAGCAACAACACCGGUAAAAGAAUUGUUUUGUCUGAAAGUUAACACAAUACAGAAAAAGAUCCAUUAGUUUUGCUAAACUCAGAAUUCACUACCACCAUGACCAUUUUCAGGAUUCCCAUCUUGCAAACCAGAUUUCCCAUUUGCUUCUGUUGGCUUCCCCGGCUGCUGAGCAUCCAUUUUCAUCUCAUCAGAGUGGUGACUUCUGUGACUGCCAUUGUGGUAGUGGUGGUGACCAUGUCGGUGAUGAUGCCUUCUAUGGUUUUCUUUUCUAUCAGAGUCAUUAUCAGAUGACUUUCCUAUAGAUCUGCUCCUAUCACGUGAAUGGUCCUCUGGAUCUGAGGACUUCAAGUCAUGGCUCUGAGACCGGCGAUGAUGCUUGUGGUGUUUUGCGCGACUCUUCCUCUUAACAGUGUCAUCCUCACUUGAUGAAUCAGAAAAACUCGAGCUUGAUCUUCUAGACCGUUUGUGAUGCCUUCUUCCACGAGUUCUUUUUUUCCCUGAAUAAUCAUCAUCAUCGGUUCCUGAGUCAGAAUCACUGGAAUGUGAUCUCUGAUGGCGUUUGUGAUUCUUUACACGAUUUCUCCUCCUAAAAGCCUCAUCAUCAUCUCCCGAAGAGUCAGAAUCAGAGGAAUCUGAACUAGAAUCAUGAUGUCGUCGCUUUUUGUGGGCUCGUCUCUUUCUCCUGUCCUCUUGCGAAUCAGUAUCAUAUCCGCUGUAAUCAUCAUCAUCAUCAGAGUCAGAGGAUCUCUUCUUAGGCUUGUGCUUAGAUUUCCUCUCCUUCUUCCUCUCGCUGUCCCCUGAAUCAGAGUAAUUCUGCUUCCUAUGCUUCUUAUGGGACUUUUUGGGUUUCCUUCCUUCAUCACUGCUGUCACUGCUAUAACCAUCAGAUGCUGCAGGAGAUCUUUUCUUGUGCUUAGUGCUCUUCACUCUUUUGGCAUUGGCUUCGGCAUCAGCCUUUGCCUUGGCUGCAGCUUCAAGUUUCUGCUCCCAUUUCAAUGGGGCUUCUUUCCUCUCCAAAAUUCGCUUCUUCUUUUCCUCGAGCAACUGGAUGAACUUCUUUGCAUCCAUGUCGAUGUAAAACACAACUGAAUACCUGCAUUUUGGUAUGAAGAUGACCAAAAGUGCAUCUCAAAAAGAGAAAGGAAACAAUGUUAGUUCUUCCACCAGAAAAAUCAAUUCCAAAGAAUUACUGAAUAUAAAAAAACGAGAAGUAGAAGUUCCCAACUCGAUGCUGUUGACCUCAAAAACACCGAAUCAGCAAAAAUUCCUAUGAAAAAAAGAAGAGACUAUCUGGGUAAAUCUUCCCCAAUGUCACAAAGACAGACCUCGUUUAAGCAAAUUCAACACGGAACUACUUCCUACAGGAACCAAAUCUUGUUCCUAAUCUCACGGUGGUUCAGUAAAAGAUUAUGAAACUCAAAAGGAUGCAUAGCAUGUGGACACGAUAAACUUGUAUGCUCAGUGUUCUAACAGCUAAUUGAGAAUUAAAAUCUUCACACUGGUAACUGUUAACACAUCUUUAAUAACUCCAGGCACGACUAAGCAAAAUUACUCCAUGACAGAUAGAAACAGCAUUCUAUUCACCAAAUCAAUUGGCACUGGAAAUAUUCUCAGACAAAAAAGUUGAGCUCUAAGUCUUCCAAACUCACUCUGGCUAGAAAUUAGAGGCUACUACCAUAAUAUCAUACAAGUUUUUAACAAACAACACGACAAUGGAACCUAAUAAAGCAAUGCAUAAAAAUUACUUUAUUUAUGCCCGGCCUACUUAGAUAAUGGAUUCUAACGCAAAAUAUAUUCAACCAGUACUCAUUUUUUUGGGGGAAUAACUUUACCAAGAGAGUCAAUUUGAAGAAUGGACUUUAUGUCCCGAUUUCAAGCAUAACAUAAUACGCAACAAGCCAUAUAAGUUCCUAGUCCUACCCAUGGAUUCCUCACAUCUACACCUUUCAUCUUAUCUUCUCAAUAAAUUACUAUGGGAAAGGAAGUUUAGGUUAAGCUAGCAAGCAGCAGCAAGCAAGUAGACACAGCUUUCACAACCACAUACCAACAGAAGGGCCUAUCCCCAAAUAUGGAAGCAUAAAAGAUAGAAUUGCAAACACAGACAGCUAAGAGGAUCCGAGCCAGGUUUCUUACCUUAUAACAAUAUAACAGUAUCAGAAAGCCACAAUCCUGAAGGACCUCACUUCCUUUCAGAAACCCGAACACCAACUGGUAUUAAAGAAAGUCUUUCUCCAAAAUUCUGCAGUACAAAAUCAAAGCCCAGAUGAGGGCCCAACAAUUUUCAUAAGAAAAAGAAACAUGGUACCACCCGUAAUGAAUCAGCAGCCAAAAAAUUCCAGACUUGCAAGUUGCAACUAUAUCACAAAACCCUUUAAAACGAAUGCAAUUACGAUUGCAAGGAUGCAAUAAUGCACGCAGUCAAAAUUGAACCUUGAACAAAACACAAACCCUAAUCUUGGUUCAAAUAAAACCCAGCCGACGAAUAGGGAAAACCAAAAAAAGGAGAAAUUCAAGAGCAAUUAAUUACACACCUCGAGUAACACAGGAGCUUGGACAAAGAACACAGAAUCGAAGAGAAAUGCAAGGCGGCUUCGGACUGAUAAGCAGCUGCAAAGAUGAGAGAGGUUAACAAGCUUUCAAACAGCCCUCUUUCUCAAAUCUCUCUCCUCCUGUGCUAGCCCCCAAUCUGUGAAUCUCUAGAGAGUUCGGAAAUGUGGGCUGGAGCUAUUUUUUUAUAGACCGCUUCCUGUUAAUCGAAUAUGCGUGUAGGUUACUCUACGCGCUUUCUUUAUUCUCUCUUUUUUUUUAAAAAAAAUAUAUUAUUAUUUUUA